AUGUCGCUACAUCCACGUCAAUCGCUGCACCCGGCAGCGAUGAACCACAACGCUGCCAUGCCUCAGCAACAACACUCGGUCACAGAGCAGAUCAUGCAGCUCGAUCAGGCCAUCACCCUCACACUGCAAGAGAUUGACCAAAACUUUGCAACCGCGCACCAGAUCGUCACAUCCCGCAUUCUUCCGGCCGUCAAGGAGUAUGGCGUGGCAAGUGCACGCGUGUGGCAAGGCGCCAAGUUCUGGAAGACAUUCUACGAGGUGUCGGCCAAUGUCUCGCUCACCGCCCAUACUUACAACGAAUCCGAGUUCGAUGCCAACUCCCAGGGCGGCGAUGUCACGCAGAGUGGCAACGACUCACGCGAGAAUGCCACUUUUACCAGCGACGAUGACGGACGCAGCCCAGGCUCCGAGGCCGGCUCCAUCAUCUACACUGACCUCGAUGCGUCGCUGGCAUCCAACGAUCGCAACGCAGACGAACGGGAUGCUGCCGACGAGAGCGUCGAACAGGCGCCAGCGGAUCGUGCCCGUGCGGCUUCGCCUCCUCGCUUCAGCAACGCAUCCAUGGCAGCGGCUGCAAGACGAGAAGCAGCGCAGCGCAAGCAGCAAAAGCCGCACGCCCGCGAAGAUCAAGAAAACAUGUUUGAUCCCGCCGAAUCGCCGUUCGAGCGUUUGCGUCGCGACCUCACCUCCGGGCUCGGGAAGGGUAUGGCUGAUCCCAGCAUGGACCAGAGCUCCUUCUUGGCCAACUCCAAAGCAAAUGGCGCUUUUGGCACGGGCGAUACCGAACGCGACCGCGCCGCGCUGGCGCAAGGCAUCGAGAAUCUGGGAUCCACCCACACUGGCCGAGGCGGACGUACCUUUGACCCCGACAGCUCGAAUGUGUCCUCGGUACACGAUCUUCCGCCCUUCAAGUCAAAAGCCUCGUCGGGCGGCCGCAUGAAGACGUCAUCGACGCCCAAGAAAGGAGCGCUGCUCAACAAGGUGCUCGACUCGGAGCACAAGCGCAACAAGGGCCGGCUUAGCUACACCAAGAUCCAGGCGACGCCUCGAGGCUCGCAGUCCAAGUCGAAUCCCUUCGCUCCUCCCAGCGUGCGCAUGUGGGACGGUAUUGUGGAUCUGCGCAAGACGCCUCUCACGUCCAAGAUCAAGGGCACCAAAGCGUCGUCCAAGAAGGCAACCAGCAGCAAGGGCGGCGCUUCCAAGCACCAUGGCGCGGAGGAUGACGCAGAGUGGGAUUCGGACUCCUCGGACAAAGACUCGCUCGAAUGGCCCGCCGGCAUGUCUCCUCCUGUGACGAUGCAGUUCUCGGUGCCCCAGAGCCGAUACGCGCAGACGCCGGCCAAGGAAGCCGCGAGGAUGAUGGUGGACGAUCUGCUUCGAAGUGUGGGCGCCUCCAGCCCUGCGCCGAGAGUGUGGCCGAAGAGCUCGAGCAGGCCCAAGGGCGGAGAGGGUGCAGCCGUGCAUUCGGCAAGCUCUCGCAAGCAGCCAGUUUCCACACCUCUGAGGCUGGGUCGCAAGGAAGCCAGGCAGCGCGACAGGCAGAGCGGUGCGGGACGACGACGAGACUCGAUCCCCACACCACCCACGCUCACCAAGCGUGGACCCAGUCUGGCACAGGAAGCCACGCCCAACAGCAGCCAGGUGGGCGGCUCAAACGGAGGAGCAUCUGCCAAUGCUAGCUCGGCUGCCUUGUUGAUGGAUGCGGAUGAAGGACUGGAGCUCAACGCUGCAGAUGCGCCCGGCAUCUCAGCGUCCGAAUUGCAGCACCGCUUUAGCGGACUCCCACUCGAUGACGACGAUGACGACGAUGAUGAUGACGACGAGUCGUCAGAUAGCGAGUCGGACGACGGUGGGGACAGCAUUGCUGGCUCGAUGCUGUCAUCCGGUGCCAAGUUUUCUGCGUCGAGCAACAGCCGCAACGGCGGGGGCAGCCAGAACGACAACUCGGGCUGGACGAGCUCGACCGUCUCUUCGUUUAACCAGCCCAAGCAGGCGGGCCGCAGUAUUGAGGACGACACGCUGUUCGGCGUUCGCGCACCGCAGCAACGCGCCGCUGAGACGAACGGCAGCCGAAGUCAGUCGGGUGCCGGUGCCGGUCGCACAAGUGGUGGUCAGAGCAGGGCAGCGGGCACCAAAGGCGAUGACGCGCGAGGAGAGGAGUCGUUCAAGGUGUGGGGGGAUGUAGACGAGAUGGGCACCGUCCACGGAGGACGCCCAUUGGUAGACCGAGACGAUACCUACAGCGCACCCAGCCCGACGCCCUUCAACAUGAAUGUCGGCGCUGGCGCUCGCAAAUGA